GUGAAGGACUUCAUCAACGCGGAGCUGUUGGCCUGCCUGUACUCUGCAGGGGACCAGAACGCCCUGAUGGAUGAGUCCCAGGAGCAGGCCCAGAGGAGGGACGAGGUGCUGAGGACCCACCAGGCUCUGAAAGAGGCCCUGGCCAUAAUUGGUGACAUCUCCACCACCACUGUCACCGUCCCCCUGCCUCCACCUGUCGACACCUCCUGGGUGGGAGGGUCUAGCGGUGGUCGCAGGUCUCCUCCUCCCAGCCCCACAGCUCCCAGAAGGAUGUCUUCAGGCCAGCGACCAGCUCCACGAGGGGCCCCACCACCACCAAACCGCCCGGGUCCCUUGGGACCCUUCAAUAACAAUGCUGAGAGUCCCCAGGCUCCCAGUCGCCCAAACAGGGCCCCUCCUAGCAUCCCCAGUCGGCGGCCACCCCCAUCUCCUACAAGACAAGCCCCGCCGUAAUCAGCUGAAGGGAUGCCUCAGGCCCUUACCUUCGCACCCUCAUCCAGUCUGUCCCCCCCACUCCCCCUCCUCCCCUCUGCACCACUGAACCUCAGUUUCCUGCCAGGUGAAGACGUCCAUAUAUCUAUGUACAGUAUGGUACUUUGUCUUGUGGUGUAUGUGUACGUGCGCUUGUCGCUCGCCUGUGAUCCAGGUUUGCUUAGCAGGUCCACUACUCGGUAUCAGUCUCUGGAACCCUCCACCCUCAACAAGAACCGUCCACCCAGACCGCCACCACCCGCAGCCGCUGCUUCCAUGUUAAAGUAUCCGAGCAGCCAUGCUGCCCUCAUCGUUCCAGAACGCAGCAUGGCACAUCAGCUGUUUUCAUUGCAUGGGAGUGUGUGUAUGUAGAGUGUGUGCGUGUGUUUUUGUGUGUGCGCAUUUGGGGAGGGACUAAUUUGCCUAUAUGUAGGCCGAGUUCCAUUCAGUAUUGUAUUAUUUAUUGUACAACACCCCUCCAAGUGUUAAUUAUCAGCUCGAUGUUCUCUUAGGAACAAAAGUUGUAUCUUAGUAUAAAGUGUGUAUAUGUGUGAACAAUCCAGUCGGUGUGUGUGUGUGUGUGUGUGUGUGUGUGUGGCCAGGUGUGCGUAUGAGUGAGGGAUGAAUGGGUCGUCCAUUUGCACGUUCGUUGUUUUUUGGGUUCUGUUCGUUCGAUCCAAGCUGUUAAUGAAGCAUCAUAAACCCAGUUGGUUGAAUUCA